AUGGACUCGUUGAGCGUCGUCCGACCCCUGGCCGCCGCUAUCUACGGGCGCGUGAUGCUGGUGCGCCACCGCACGUCCGGCCGCUACUACGCGCUCAAGGUCAUGAGUCGGCCGCACGUGAAAGCUCGUCGCGCCGUGACGGGGCCCUUCGUGCAAGAGGACGGGGACACGGAGCUGCAGAUCCUGCGGAAGCUCGGGCGGAAUCUCGUCUACUACUCGACGGGCGGCAAGAAGACUCGAGACAACCAGGAGGAGGAGCAGGAGCAUGAGGAGCAAGAAGCAGACUGUAGCUGGAGUGUGAGCCCCGUGUGGUGCAACGGGGCCGAGGACGACACCCGCGCAGCCUCGGGAGGCGACCGCCACUUGCUCACGCUCCAACAGGACUUCGUGGACUGCGCCACCAACACGCGCUGCCUCCUCUUCGACUACUGCCCGUACGGAGACUUGUUCGCUCACGUGAGCGCCCAAACGGACAGCGACGGCCGACCGCGUGGCCUGCCGCUGGCGAUGGCGCGCGCGUGCUUCCAGCAGAUUGCGAGCGCUGUCGGCUUCCUGCACGCGCGCAACGUGGCGCACCGCGACCUGUCGCUGGAGAACGUGCUGCUCGACAGCUUCCGACGCUGUCGGUUGGCCGAUUUUGGACUUGCCAGUGCUACUGGAUCUCGCUGCUUCGGCGCGCGGGUGGGCAAGAUUUUGUACAUGGCCCCGGAGGUCGUCUCUCGCCCUGCCUACCGACCCGACACAGGACCCAACAGCGUGAGCGCGGGGGCGGACGUGUGCUACGACGCACUGCGCGCAGAUAUCUGGUCGCUGGGGGUCAUUUUGUUCAUUUUGGUGACCGGGAUCCCGCCCUUCGAGAAGGCGAGCGACGUCGAUGCGAGAUUCCGCCUCGUGUCCAAGCCCGGGGGGUCGGUGUGCGCCUUGCUGCGUCAGUGGGGACACGAAGACCGACUACCACGAGAACUCUGCGCUCUGCUAGACUGGAUGCUGCGUGUGGACCCCCGACAACGACCUUCAGCGGACCACGUGCGAGCACAUGAUUGGCUUCAAGCGACGAAUGUCCCGCAACAGCAGGCGAAGCAGAGUCCUCGGUGGAGCGGCCACGGAGAAAAGCGGCCGAGUGCAGAGCCCGAAGAGGAAGAGGACGGAGAGAACCAAGAGCCACAGCAGUUGGCGGGCGCGGCCAAGAAUACGAAUUCGGACAAGUCGUGGUCCUGGAGCAGCCCACGCAGCAACAAGCGAGUGAAGCGCACAGGGUAG